AUGCAGUGCAGCAACGAUCUGCGGCCGUUUCAGCGCAACUCCCACGACAUGGUCUGUGGGUGCCGCCACCCGGAGGGGGGCGAUGCACCGCCGCCCGUGGAUGAACCCCUGACGACGACGUCAACUACCACGCUGCCCGCCACGACCCUGACGACGACGUCAACUACCACGCUGCCCGCCACGACUACCAUGGCUUCCGUUCCGCUGGAGCAGCCUGCCAAUUUGCGUUGUAAGGAGUUUUCGGGGUGGCCGCGCAAGGACGGGGACGCGGAGUGCGGGACGUGCAGGCACAUGGCGCGCGUCGGCGAAGACGCCCAGAGCUGUGCGGCCUACUGCGCCACGUUCCGGCAUGCCUGCUUCUACGCCGCCGAGAGCAGGGCCGAUCCGGACGGGCGGCUGCGCUGUGAGGUGGACCGAGAGCUCCAGUGCGACGAGGACAUGCCGCUCCUCCCAACCAGCUCCAAGGGCAUGAUCUGCGGCUGCCGGGCGCUGGAGGAGGCAGAAGGAGCCCCCCAGGAGGAGGAGGGCCCCCUGCAGGCGCAGCAGGAGGCAGAAGGGGCCCCCCAGGAGGACGAGGGCCCCCUGCAGUGCUUGGACUUCUCCGCCUGGCCCUCGGCAGCCGGCACCGCCAGCUGCGGGGUCUGCGUGCAGCGGGUCUCGCUCCGGGAGCCCGGGGAGCGCCGCAGCUGCGAGGCGUACUGCAGCAGCUUCGGGCACGCCUGCUUCUCCGCCGCGGAGGCGGCAGACCAGGCGGGCUGCGGCGUGGGGCGAGAGCUCCGGUGCGCCGACGGCAUGCCAGAGGACGCUGCCGCAGACCUGCUCUGCGGGUGCCGCCUCCUCCAGGACAAGCCCACGGUGGCUCCGCCGAACAACGACGAGCCCACCGCCGCUCCGCCCAGCGGUGGCCCGCCGCCGGGCGCGGGCCCCUGCGCCGACACGCCCGGCUGGGCGAACGGCGACGACAGCUGCAUCCGCGAGGGCUUCGGCCCAGAGCAGGGCUGCUCAGACCGCGGGUGGACGUGCGAGGCCUACGCGAGGCACACACCGCAGGCCUGGUGCGUCGACGGAGCGGUGGUGCCGGGCAUGGAGACGGCCCUCGGAGAGGUGCACGGCUUCCCGGAGCAGAACUGCUGCGUCUGCGGGGGGGGAGAGAAGGCCCCUCCCCCUGCCGCUCAGCAGCUCGACGCCAGAGGCGACCCUGCUGCCCAGGCGCAGAGCAGCUAA